AUGUGGUGGGCAGGAGAUGUGCGAGAUUAUUGGAUGGCUCUCACCAUUUUGGAAAUCAUCGCUGUCUUCAUCAAUGUAUAUUGCGUGGUUGUGGUGUAUAUGUUCAUGAGGCGGCUGGCUGCUACGACAGAUGAAUAUGAAGGGAAAAGUCCACAAGUGAGGUAUAAGGUCAACCGGAAUGGUUACACAAGGAAGGAAUUUGAUGAUUAUCCAUAUGACAUUCGUCGAGCGACUCCAGAAAAGAUUAUGAAAAAUUCUUAUCCUCACCAUACAACUCCCAUGCGUCCAACAUAUCCACCGUAUACCCCUAGUGAAAUCCCUCAGACUCCACUGCCAAUGCCGCCACGCAGACAUACCCCGGUUCCACCUUAUCCUGUCGACGAUCGUGAG